AUGGUUCACUUAGGUCCAAAGAAGCCUCCUACGAGAAAGGGGUCCAUGGCGGACGUGCCAAAGACGUUGGUGGAGCAAAUUGCCAGUUUCGAGCGCAUCUUCACCGUCUCGGCUGAGAAGCUACAGGAAAUUACAAAGCACUUUGUCACCGAGUUGGACAAGGGUCUGUCCAAGAAAGGGGGCAACAUCCCAAUGAUUCCCGGGUGGGUGAUGGACUACCCUACCGGUAACGAGACCGGUGACUACUUGGCCAUUGACUUGGGGGGAACGAACUUGAGAGUUGUUCUAGUCAAGUUGCUUGGCAACCACCAGUUCGACACCACGCAGUCCAAGUACAGAUUGCCUAACCGCAUGAGAACCACCCAGAAUGCGAGCGAGUUGUGGGACUUCAUUGCCGAGAGUCUAAAGGACUUCUUGGAGGAGCAGUUCCCAGAAGGCGUUCACCAGACGCUACCUUUGGGCUUUACCUUCUCUUACCCUGCAUCCCAGGACAAGAUCAACAUGGGUAUCUUGCAGAGAUGGACCAAGGGCUUUGACAUCCCAGGCGUUGAGGGCCACGACGUGGUCCCAAUGUUGCAGGAGUCGUUGAGGAAGGUGAAUGUUCCAAUUGAGGUUGUUGCUUUGAUUAACGACACCACCGGUACCUUGGUUGCCUCCUUGUACACCGACGCGGAGACUAAGAUGGGUGUGAUUUUCGGCACCGGUGUCAAUGGUGCUUACUACGAUGUUGUCAAGGACAUUGAGAAGUUGGAGGGCCGCUUGCCAGAAGACAUCCCACCGGAGUCUGCCAUGGCCAUCAACUGUGAGUACGGCUCUUUCGACAAUGAACAUUUGGUUCUUCCAAGAACCAAGUACGACAUUCUAAUCGAUGAGCAGUCUCCAAGACCUGGCCAGCAGGCUUUCGAGAAAAUGACCUCUGGUUACUACUUGGGUGAGGUGCUUCGUUUGGCUCUCUUGGACCUACACGGCCAGGGCUUGAUCUUCCAAGGCCAAGAUAUCUCUAAGUUGGAGACCCCAUACGUGAUGGACACUUCUUUCCCUGCUAGAAUUGAGGAUGAUCCAUUUGAGAACUUGGAGGAAACCGAUGACUUGUUCAAGGACAACUUGGACAUUGACACUACCCGUCCAGAGCGUAAAUUGAUCAGAAAGUUGUCCGAGAUGAUUGGUAACAGAGCUGCAAGACUAUCUGUGUGUGGUAUCGCUGCAAUUUGCCAGAAGAGAGGCUACGAAACCGCACACAUUGCUGCAGAUGGCUCUGUCUUCAACAAGUACCCAGGUUUCCAAACUAGAGCUGCCGAGGGCUUGAGAGACAUCUACGGCUGGGAGCACUCUUCUUCCCAGGAUUACCCAAUCAAGAUUGUCGCUGCUGAGGAUGGUUCUGGCGCUGGUGCCGCGGUCAUUGCAGCUUUGACCACGAAGAGAUUGGCAGCAGGCAAAUCUGUCGGCUUGCCUGAGGCGCAAAAUUAA